GUAUAAAUAUGUUCAUUUGGUGAAGAAGGAAGCCAUUAUUCUGCAAUCAGUGGUCAGCAUUAGCUGGCGAGAAAGCAGGAAUUAAUCCAAACAUGUCAACAGAGAAAAAAAGCUCCAGUUCCGCGCCAGCUCCCCCAACGGUGCCUGCCCCGUUUGCUGACCUGAAGAUUACGUAUACCAAGAUUUUUAUAAACAAUGAAUGGCACAAUUCAGCAAGUGGCAAAAAAUUCCCUGUCAUUAACCCGGCAACUGGAGAGAAAAUCUGUGAUGUGGAAGAAGGAGACAAGGAUGACGUCGACAAAGCAGUUAAAGCAGCAAGGAAAGCUUUUGAGAUUGGCUCCCCUUGGCGAACAAUGGAUGCUUCACAAAGAGGAAGACUGUUGUACAAACUGGCUGAUUUAGUUGAAAGGGACCGUCUCCCUUUAGCUACAAUGGAGAGCAUCAAUGGAGGAAAACUUUUUUCCAAUGCCUACCUGAUGGAUUUAGGUGGUUGUAUCAACACUUUGCGGUACUGUGCAGGCUGGGCUGACAAAAUUCAAGGACGUACCAUUCCCAUUGAUGGAAACUAUUUCACAUACACAAGGCAUGAGCCUAUUGGGGUUUGUGGUCAAAUUAUUCCUUGGAACUUCCCACUUCUGAUGUUCACUUGGAAGAUUGCCCAGGCUCUUUGUUGCGGAAACACCGUGGUCAUCAAACCGGCAGAGCAGACUCCAUUAACUGCUCUUCACAUGGGCUCUUUAAUUCAAGAGGCAGGAUUUCCACCUGGAGUUGUGAAUAUCAUACCUGGGUAUGGACCUACUGCUGGCGCAGCCAUUUCCAGUCACAUGGAUGUUGAUAAAGUGGCGUUCACAGGCUCUACUGAGGUUGGCAAAUUAAUCACAGAAGCUGCUGGAAAAACUAAUCUAAAGCGAGUUACUCUGGAACUUGGAGGGAAAAGCCCCAAUAUCAUCUUUGCAGAUGCUGAUCUGGACACUGCUGUGGAAUAUGCACAUUCUGGCUUGUUCUACCAUCAAGGGCAAUGCUGUGUGGCUGGAUCUAGGAUUUUUGUGGAAGAGCCAAUAUAUGAUGAAUUUGUACAGAGGAGUGUAGAAAGAGCCAAGAAAAAUGUCCUUGGAAAUCCCCUCACUCCUGGAGUAAAUCAAGGUCCUCAGAUUGAUAAGGAGCAACAUGAUAAAAUACUGGAGCUGAUUGAGAGUGGGAAAAAAGAAGGUGCCAAACUGCAAUGCGGAGGAGGCCCUUGGGGAGACAAAGGCUUCUUCAUCCAGCCCACGGUUUUCUCUGACGUGAGAGACGAGAUGCGCAUUGCCAAAGAGGAGAUAUUUGGGCCAGUCCAACAGCUCAUGAAAUUCAAGACAAUAGAUGAAGUUAUCAAGAGAGCAAAUGAUACUCACUAUGGUUUAGCAGCUGCAGUGUUUACCAAAGACAUAGAUAAAGCUCUAAUAUUUGCAUCUGCACUUCAGGCUGGAACUGUGUGGGUUAACUGCUUUAGUGCAGUGUCUGCUCAGUGUCCUUUUGGAGGGUUCAAAAUGUCAGGAAAUGGCCGCGAACUGGGAGAAUAUGGCCUUCAUGAGUAUACAGAAGUCAAGACAGUCACAAUCAAAAUUCCACAGAAGAAUUCAUAAUGUCAUUUCUGGAGUCGGGACUUGACAACAUCAAAGGCUAACUUCAUUACAAAACAUUUUGUAACUGAAGCUUGCAUUAAAAAAAAAUUUCUUUCUGUUUGUAUGAACAAAUGAUUUUGACAGCAAUUCACUAAUUUUUAAUGUUGAAUCUGUUUAAUUGAGAAGAGGAAACCUUCAUGCUAGACUUAAAUAAGCGUAAUUUGAAUCUAUUUAAGGAAAAAAAGUACUUUUUCCUAAUUUGAAUUUUUAAGUAGCUCUGUGGAACACAAAGUAUUGACUGAUACUAUUUAUACAAUUUGAUUUAAUGUAUUGUUAUAGAGUUACCAGCUGUCUUUCCCUUCUUUGUUCCUAACUUGGCAAAAGCACUUAUAUAGCGCUAUCAAAGAGAUACUUUCAUUAUUUUCUGAUACAUGCUACAGCUUUGAAUCUGUUCAUAUAAAUUUCUGUACAGAAUGUUCUGGAUGUAAACUUCAUUAAAACAAUUACCGCAA